CGACGCGGGGCCGCAGAGGGGAGUCACGGGUGGGACGCAUCCGUUCUCUUCGGAUACUCUGGAACCGGGGCUGUACCCUUCGAGUUUUCCUCGACUCGAAGGAUCAACAACACAGUCGCAGCGGCCUUACGCUGAACAGCUGGGCCAGAUCGCCGCUCAACCAGCAGCCUACCUGUCCGGACCGGGGGCUGGGCCAGGCCCGAGUCACCCGGGCCCGCUACCUGCUCUGCAAACGUAUGCUGCGGCGACGCAUCAUCCCAUUGCGGACCCUCUCCGCAACACACCGCCCAAGCCACAACGAAAAACGAAGGGACAUGUUGCCUCAGCCUGCGUGCCUUGCAAGAAGGCCCACCUCCGAUGUGACGUCGAUAGCCCAGCGACCGUGUUCGAGAUGUAUCAGCACCAACAAGGAAGGGGCCUGCGUCGACGUGCAGCACAAGAAACGCGGACGGCCCCGUUUGCGAGAUGAUGGCCAGCCAAAACACGAGGCUGCACGAUAUGGGAGUGGCGCGGAUGCCAUGAGAAGGCCGCUUUCGUCGGCGUAUGGCCCGGGCCCAGCGCUGGGUAUGGUUUACGAUGACCCCCUCCGUCGGACCCAAUCAUACCGCGUGCUGAAAUCACAACCAGCCGAGUCGAUCACCCCGCGGUUCCCGGAGCGCGGCCUGGCGUCCGAUGCAAACCUAUACGCCCCUCCAUUGUCACUCAGCACCGCAAGAGCUCCCGAGGAGGUUGUCGCUUUCCUGACGAUCAAUCUCGAGUUCUCAAGGGCCUCAGCUCCGUUCCUGGGCGCGAUAGGUCGCACAUUAGUAAGGGGACUAAAUCUUGCGGAUGUGGUGGUGCCGGAAGAGCGUGCCCGGGCUUCCAGGCUGCAGCAACAAGCGCAGGAGGAGCAAACCAGACAGGAGCCAACAUAUCUGCCACCGAUACUCAGUGAGCGAAGUGACAACGUGAUGCAGAGCCUCAGCUUCAAUCCCGAAGAGGUCUCGAGAUAUCCGCUCCACUGGUCCGAGACUUUCUGCUUCCUGGGCGACGACGGGCAAGCACGCCGGAUUUCGGCCCGCGCGGGACUCGCCACGCGGAACUCGAUAUACUUUGUCGUGCUCCUGCUGGAUAGGAUGGUACCUCAUCCGUCUUAUCCCACACCAUCACCUAGCGCGAGGGAUAUGGGCGGCUCACUGGAAACAGGGCUGCAGCUGUAUUCGCAGCCGACACCCCUCUCGGCCACGUUCGAUCCGAGGCAAUGGAGGCUGGGUGACCCCGGUUACGAUCCUGGGCAACCUGGGCAACCUGGGCAACCUGGGCAACCUGGGCCGCAUGCAGCGCCGGCGCACAUGUUUCCGCCUCCAAGCCCGGGUCUCCCGUCGGCUUAUAGCUCGUCUCCCGGCAGACCCGACUACCCCACCACGCCGAGGACUUAUCGGGCCCCAAGAAGCGAGAUGUAUCCAGCGGGCCGCCCGCACCAACCGGCCGCCGGGUACCAGCUUCCGCCCCUUCCAAGAAUAAGAAGCCCGCCGGCGGCUGCCGCUCAACAGUUCGAGCCGUCACAGCGACAGCCGCCCCGGCCACCACCGCCUCCCUAUGAAGCCCGGGAAGACCGAUCUCGUAUAGGCAUUGGCGGCCUGCUUGAGCAACCGCCCUCGACGAAAAGCCCAUGACAAAGGUGGCUGGGGC